GAAGUGGAAGUCGGAAAUCUUUCAGUUUUACAGUUCUCUUUAUCAUAAAUUUAAAACACAUGAUACUUGAGAAUGGCUUAACUUCACAGUCAUGUCUUUUCCAGAUAUUCAUUCUUGCAUACAGUUAACUGCAGAAAAUGAAAAGCUGAAAAAGAAGUGCUGGAAGUUGAAAGUUGAGAGAGAUGACCUACAGACAGAGCUGUCAACAAUAAAACACAAACUGCAGAGAGAGGAGCUGCUGAAGAACUAUGUCACAACUAGAGAGUCAUCAACUCAAACUGAGGGCAUUAAAACAUGGCAGCCAAUGAUAGCUGUGAAAAAGAAAGAGGAGCCUUCGUUCAAAGCUGAUGCAGAACAGACAAACAAACUGUUGUCUCUGCACAAUCAGAUGAUGAGGCGAUACGAAAAGGAAGUGAAGAUGAACAUGAUGCAUGUGGAAACCAUCACAGAUUUGAAUAUUAGAAUAUCAGAUUUGGAGCGGCUCUUAAAGGAAGAAAAGAACUCGCGGAUGUCUCUUGAGCGUCAGUCCAUGAACCAUCAGCCAGUGAGGAGGCUUGCAGAGCGACCAGUGUCCACAGACGACCCCAAAACAGGAAUGAAGUGGAAAUAUGAGAAAGUAGUCAAAGAGUGUGAAAAAAUGAAGAAAGAAAACGAAAAACUGAAGACUGAGCUGAAGGGUUUGGACUUUGGUUUCUUUGAAGAGAUAGAGGAUCUGAAAUUUGGAUUGAAACAGGCAACAAAACUAAACAAAGAAUAUGAAAAGACAUUGAGGAAACUUUGCAUCCAGUUUGGAGUUCCUUAUCCACAUCCAGAAAACUGCCUGAAAAAACCAACGUGACAGUGACAGAGUCUGGAGAAGUGUGAUUGAGAAAAGGAAUAAAUCAAUUCAUCGGAUUGCUUUACUCCACAAUAGUCUUUCAAUUCAUUCAGUGGAUGCACCGAGAACUCAGUCGGGUUUUGCAGACUGUCUGCUUUCAACAGACACAGAGAAAACAGCUUACACAAAUAGGGAUUUAUCCUGUAAUGUUUUUUUUAUAAAAUGUAGAAAAAUGUAUGUACAUGUAUGUACCACAUUAUUGAUUGUAGUAAUUGUGUUACAGUACACUCAUGUAUGGUAACCUUAUAUGGUAAACUUCUUUGAUAACCUUUUAUGUGCAUUUGCAAUGUUAAUUUGUGUUGAAUACACAAAAAUAUACAGUAAUAGAAAGAUUCUUUCAGAUCAUAGCACAUGUAUAGUUAGGUAAGUGAAUAAAAAGUAAAA